UGUGGGAUCAUUUCAAAUGUUUGGUGUUCAGAGGAACUUUCACGAUCUUCUGUGUGUUUUCAGUGCUUUUUGCUCCCUGCGCUGUUGUGUAUUUCGCCUGCUGCUUUUUGGGGUUAAGACCUCUGUUAGAAAGAGCAUUCCUAACAGAAUGAGCCCACCAACAAAUAGCGGUUUGAUAAAUGCCCAUAUAGCGUCUAGAAUCCGCUCCUUGGGAAGGGGGCUAGAAGGGUCAGCUCAUGCUUCAGCUCCAUUUCCUGCUUCAGCACCGCAAUCUACCAGAGACUCUCCAGAGAAGUACAGUGCGGCAUGGUACCGGAAAGUGCUGAUUGAGCUGGAAAUAGAGGAUCAACUUCAAGUGACGACGCCCGCUCCAGCCAAGCUUGCUCCAGCUUUUAUGCCCGCUCUGCCACCAUCCUCUCCAGUGUGCCUGCAGAUGCCACCAGCUACUUCGGCUACUCCAGUGUGCCUGCUGCUCCAGUUCUGCAGACGCCAAAAGCAUGUCCAGCGGGUCUGCCGACACCGCCAGUCCUGUGUCCACCGGGUUUUCCCAUGCUGCCAGCCUUGUGUCCAGCGGGUCUUCCUACGUCGCCAUCCCCGUCUCCAACGGCUCUUUCCACGACGCCGCCAUCCUCGCCGCCUGCAGUCAGCUCGACCUCCAGCCCAGCCGCCUGCUGUUCCAAUCCUGCAGGCAGCUACAGCAUCACAUCCAGUACUGCAGCCUCCGCAACUUCCAGCUCCCCUGCCGCACAGGCGCCGGUCUGGCACCGGUACGCCGCCGCCUGGUUGGCCAUGAAUGUGGCCGUUCUUUGGACGCUCCACGUGCCAUUAGCAGCAAUGCCCAGGACUCAGGACCAGGACCAUUACGGCUGCUGGUACAUGGCCGCCGCUCACAUCCACCUCCUCGUCGACCACGGAUGUGGACGUCCGCCUCGCCUGCUUCAGCGGCGUUUAACUUGACGCCGCCACCUGACCCGCCGCCAGUGGCUUCGGGGAUACUUGGUCAGACAACCUCCCUCCACCCUCCCGAAACUUUGGACUUGUGUUUUUUGGGGUUUCCAGGAUGUCUAGAAUCCGUCCUUUUUAGGGGCAGGGAUACUGUUACUGUUAGGCCCGGCUAUUCUUUGUUUUAGUUUUUAGGUGUUUUUCCUAUGUUUGUGGCUUCACUUCCUGUUUUGCGCUCUUAUUUUGUUUCCACUUUCUGUUUUGUUUGUAUUCUGUUUGCCCUAGCUUUACUCUUUCUGAGCGCUUCUCUCCUCACCUGCGGCUUAUCUGCGUUAAUUGUCUCACAUGGUGUUGGAGGGCUAUUUAAGGCAGUCUCUUUUCUUUGUUGAUUGUGGGAUCAUUCCAAAUGUUUGGCGUCCUGGUGUUCAGAGGAACUUUCACAGUUUGUGGCAUUAUUGCUUUUUACUUAAACUACUGUUGUUUGUUGUCCGCUCUCUUUUUGAACAAUUUUUUCAUGCACAGAUCUCCUGUGUUUUGCUUUUUGCUCC